AUGGCGGUGCCGGGGCCGAGGCGCGGCCGCGCGUUCGAACCAACCGCCGCCGCCGGCCGGCCAAUCGCGGCGCGGGACCGUGACGCGGCUGCGCAGCGCCGCCGGGCGAUGACGGCGAUGGCGGCGGCGGUGGCCGCGCUCCGGGCCUGGGCGGAGGCGGCGGCGCGGGCGGAGGCGGCGGCGAGGGCGGCUCUGGCCGCCUGGGCCCCGCUGCUGGGCGCGCUGGCCGCGCUGGCGGCGCAGAUGCGGGCGGUGCGGCGACUGCCGUGGGUCGCGACGCCGCUCGGCGCCUUCCCGGAGCUGCGGGCGCGGCUGUGGCAGAAGCAGCGCGGCGCGGCCGAGGCGCUGAUGGAGCAGCUCGGCGGGCGGCGGGAGGAGCUCCGGGCCGUGCGGGACGCCGCGGGGGCCGCCGCGGCCGCUGUGCUGCGGCUGUACGAGGAGCGGGCGGCCGAGCUCGGGCUGGCGGGGGUUCUGCGACGCGGCCCGCGCUGCCCCUCGCUGGCCGACGUGUUGGAGGGGCUGCAGGACGUGGAGCGCUACUACCGGCACCUGUACUUGGAGAGCAAACUGCUGUUGCAGCGCCUCAGCUUGGGCAGCCUGGCAGACAUGGAAGCCCUCCCGCAGUCCUGGGAGAGGAUUUUGGAACGCUACAAAGAAGACGUCAUUCAAGAUACGCUCCUGAAGGUCUCACUGUUUGUGGACAACCAUCGGGAGGUGAGCUGCUCACCUGGCUCCUGACAGGGCAGCAGGGACUGGCACUAACCAGCUUCUGGCGUGCUCUGGGAUGCUGCAAAGGGAAUGAGGAACUGAGGGAGCUCUUCUGGUGCUUUUUGGAAGCUGAGUGAGUUGAUUCUUGGCCUCAGCAUGAAAUGCUUGAAUUGUGCCAUUUUCGAGUGGAAAUGGCCUUUGUGUCUGAAGAAGGGGCUGAGCUGAAAAAGCCAUGAGAAUAAAAGAAAGUCACCUCCAGCUGUGGAACUUGUCCUUUCCUACUCCUGACAUGGAUGUUUUGUAUCAUGGAAAAAAUAUUGAUACUUACUUACAUGCUGCAGAUGUGUAACAGAGUCCUUCAGGCUGGUGCCAUGAAAGAUAUUUGGAGUCCGUUCUUACAAAUAAAGAAAAGAUGUCAGAUUAGGGCUUACAAACAGUAGUCGCCUCAUGUCCUUGAGCAGUGUGUUUGCAUUCAUCCCACCUGGGCAUGGAGUAGAAAGGAGCAAAUCUGGCUUGAAAAUGUAAUUAUGGAGGUACAUGGAUGCCUGAGUUCUGACAUGGGCAGUUUUCAAGGAUGUUAACAGUACACUGCUUUGUUACCUCUGCCAGAGCCCACUGAAAUCAGUCUUAAAACAUCACUCUCUGGUAGCAGCUGCUGCCAGUUCAGGGACACCUUUUGUUGGCCAUGGCACUGAUCCUCUGAACGUUCCCGGGAAGCAGUGGGAUAUUGAUGUUUGUCUCUAAAUAACGUAUUUGGUAAGGAGCUGCAGCUUCUCAGAGAAAGCCAAUAAAGAAUUGCAUUGGACACAU